AAAACGUCGUAAUGCCAUUGUCAUGACAUCUGUCAACUAUAACAACACUGUGAACUAAUACUUUGAUAAUUUUGUGAAAUUGCGUUGCAAAUUCGCGCUCUUUAAAUAUCAACGUUUAUUUUCAUACGCAAUCCGGGUCGUGCAUAUUAAAUACGCAUUUUUAGUUCUAGUUACGUUAUUUGUUGCAACAACUGGAAAUUUAAGCACGCGCAUACACAAUUCGCACUACCAAAAAAAAAAAGAAAACGUACAAGAAAAGAAAGAAGCAACAACAUUGGGACAAAACAUAACAAUUGCAACGUGUGCGUACACAGACAGAUCCUGUUUAUUAUUUGAUUAUCUAUAUAUAAAUAUAUAUCGGAGUGCAGUUGACUGUUUUUCUAAGCCAACUUCUGGCAAUUAUCUGCAAUCUUUGUUGUAUUGCCUUCAUUCUCUGAGCGAUGCCUAAGCGUGGUGGCGGUGGCGGCGGAGGCGGCGGUGGUCAGCGCUACAACAAUAACAAUGCUGGCAAUAGCAAUGGCGGUGGCAACAGUGGAGGUGGUGGCGGCGGCGGUGGAUCGCGUUAUUCCUCGCUAAAGGACUAUGGCGAUGAUGAUCAUCAGCGUCGCAAGGAUCGUAAUAAACGUCGCGUCAGCUUCAAGACCUCACAGUUCCCUCACAAAAGUGAUGUGAAGCUGCGCCUUCAGGAUGUCCGUCGCUGGGAUGAGGAUGACGAUAUGAGCGAAAUGACCACCUUACUUAUGCAGGAUCGUCCAACGUCACGACGUCGUGGUUCGCCAAUUCCACGUGGUAAAUUUGGUAAACUGGUGCCCAAUGUAGCUGGCUGGUAUCAAGUCACGAUCCACAAUGGCCAGAUCUAUGACAAGGAGACGCUUCUGCGUUCCCUGCUGGCGGCAAUGUCGCCCCAUGUCUUUAUACCACAAUAUUGGCGCGUGGAACGGAGCUGUGUCGUCUUCUUUACGGAUGACUUUGAGGUGGCGGAGCGUAUACAACAGCUGGGGCGGCAUGCCCAGUUGCCGGAUGGUUUCCGGUUGAUGCCGCGUGUCAGGGCCGGCAUUCCGCUGGUGACCAUCGAUGAGGAAUUCAAGGCCAAGAUGAAGGUGGUGAUGGCCAAGCGAUAUAAUGUUCAGACAAAGGCUCUGGAUUUGUCGCGUUUUCAUGCCGAUCAGGAUCUCAAGCCCAUCUUUUGUCCGCUCUUCCGUGCCAAUGUCAUGAGCGUGGCCAUCGACAUUAUACGCGAGAAUAUUCCCGAUCUGGAGGCCAUCAAUCUCAAUGAUAAUCAAAUGUCCACUAUGGAGGCAUUCAAGGGCGCUGACAAGCGCUUACCGAAUCUAAAGAUACUCUAUCUGGGCGAUAAUAAGUUACCCUCGUUGGCCCAUCUCUUGGUCUUUCGCAAUUUGCCAAUUGUGGAGCUGGUAUUGCGCAAUAAUCCGUGUCGUUUGCGCUACAAGGAUCCUCAGCAAUUUGUCAGCGAAGUACGGCGAAAGUUUCCCAAGCUGAUGAAACUGGAUGGGGAAGCAUUAGCGCCCCAGGUUAUCUUUGAUUUGAACGAAUCUGGAGUUCUGCCACCGGCAAAGGCAUCCUUUUUGUGCGACAGCGCUGGCGCUGAAGUUGUACGACAAUUUUUGGAUCAAUACUUUAAUAUUUUCGAUUCGGGUAAUCGACAACCGCUGCUAGAUGCAUACCAUGAGCAUGCCCUGCUCUCAAUGUCAAUGCCCUCGAUGAGCCAGGCGGGCAGACUAAACAGCUUCUGGAAAUUCAAUCGCAAUCUGCGACGCAUUGUCAACAACGAACGCGAAGAUCCCCGCAUGCGUCUCCUGAAGAGCGGUCGCCUGGCCUGCGUGUCCACAUUGGAUGAAUGGCCACGCACAUUGCACGAACGUCGCACCUUCACCGUCGAUCUGACCAUUUUCAAUCCCCAAAUGAUGGUGUUCACUGUGACGGGUUUGUUCAAGGAACUCACAGGAGAUGCCGAUAGUCCGACGCCCGCUUCAAUGCAAGCCUAUGAGCUGCGACACUUUGUGCGCACGUUUGUGGUGGUGCCACAAAACACGGGCUUCUGCAUUCGCAACGAAACCAUCUUUAUCACGAGCGCAACGUCGGAGCAGACACGUGAAUUUAAACGUAGCCAACAUCAACCAGCGCCGGGCGCCAUCAACACAGCCAGUUCCACGGUGAAUGUUAACGUAACCGAUAAUAAUUCGCUGCAGAAUCGCUUGCAACAGAGUCAAUCAGCUGCUGUUGCAUUAUUGCCACCGCCAACAGUCACGUCCAGCAUUAACAAUCCAUCGGCAAUUGCAGUUGCAACAAGUGUGAAUACCUCCCAGCUCAGUGAUGCAACCAAAAUGCAAAUGGUGCAGAAUAUGAGUGCACAGAGUCAAAUGAAUUUAGACUGGAGUCGCAAAUGCCUUGAGGAAACCAAUUGGGAUUUCAAUCAUGCCGCCUUUGUGUUCGAGAAACUAUUUAAGGAAAAUAAAAUACCACCCGAGGCCUUUAUCAAAUAGAGUGCGGCCCAAACAACAAUAGCUGUAACAACAACAACAAUAUAAAGAUCAACAAACCAAUAACAAUAGAAAAUAGUAACAAACAGAAUGCCAAUUGUGGCAAUUAGCAAAGGUUCAGUUUUCAUCAAUUGUAAAAAGGCUGUUCUGACCUUUCCCCUACUACUUACACCCACACAAACACACCCACACACCCAUACACACCCACACCCCCACACACACACACUACUGAACAUAGAUUUUAAGCGUUUCUACUAAUAAGAAUUUUAUAAAGUAUGUUUUUCAUAGCUUAAGCAAUUUUUUACACACUCUGGCAAGAAAUGAUGAUCGAGUUGUGGAUUAUUUCAAAUUUAUUCUAGUUUAUAAUAUUCAUAUCUUAAUUCAUUAUACACCCAAAAUGAAAGUGUAUUCAAUAGUCGCAUAUUGGAAUAGUCACAGUAUUUUGCCAGAGUGUAUAAAUUAAUGCACACACACACACACACACACCCAAACACACUGUAUACUCCUAAACUGAACAGCCUGAUUAACAAAUGCAUCCAAAUAACGGAUAAAAUUGCUUGUAAAAAUACAAAUACAUGUUGAUUUACAAGCAAUAACGUUAA